CAACCUCAUCUCUCUCUCAUCGUAUAGUGUUAUCUCAACCUACUGUCAAGCUUCAUCAGUUCGCAACCCGCGUCCUUCUAAAACAGUUCAUUUCCUCAUUUAAAAUGGCGAACUCUCACAUUCCACUCUUCUAUCGCAUCUUCUUCUUAUACAUCGAUCCUCUCUUCUGCCUCUCAGCAAUCUACCUCUGCUUCUUCGACCACACGACUUACCUCGAAAUGGGCAUUCCCCGCGCUCUGACCCGCCAACCCUCGUCCCCCCUUACCUCUCAUCUCAUCACGGUCCUCGGAGCCUGGUCCGUCUCCAUCUUCACCUUGCAAACUCUCCUCCUGCAACAAUAUCGCGAUGUUAAACUCUGGAAGAUCUUCAUGUUUGCGAUCUUGUUGACGGAUCUGGGAAUCGUGUAUGCGGUUUAUGAGGCGGAUCCGGUGAUGGCGGUUAGUGUUUCCAAGUGGGAGAAGGCUGAGUGGACGAACAAUGGGAUUUUCGGGGUGGUGAUUGCGAUUAGGACGGCAUUUUUGUUAGGUAUUGGCGGGGUUGGUAAGCCGAAUUAGACGGGGGGUUGAAGUUAAGGGAAAGAUGAGAAGUCAGAGGGGUUGCGGUGUGGGUGGGAAAUUAUCCUAGGUGCGUACCGGGGGCUGGGAUAGCUUCUCUAAGACAGGGAGAAUAUAUGGAGUAGCAGAGUCGUUUUCAUGUACUCUUGUUCUGAUAACACAACCUAGAUGGACUUUGGAAAAUAUGUAUUGGAAGAGACCGAGUUAGGAGAGUAGAAGGUGGCUGACAGGGGCUGAGACUGUGCAAAAGGUGCUGCAGCACGGAGUAGUGACAAAUCCAAUAGGGAAUACGCCCAAAGUCAACCCCAACUCGCUCAUCCUUAAAUUACAUGGCAUCGGGCCCCACUAAUUGCAAAAGUCCAG